AUGGACGCCCCGGAGUGCCUGGACCACGCGGGCCAAAGGGCGAGCGAGGGCUUCCGGGGGCCCACGGCUCCCCGGGGGACAUGGGCCCCCCAGGGGUGGGAGUUCCUGGCAGAUUGGGCUCCCGGGGACCCGCUGGAGAGCCAGGUGUUCAGGGCCCACGUGGUCUUCCUGGGCUGCCAGGAGCCCCAGGGACCCCUGGGGAUCACGGAGCUCCCGGGAGAGAUGGGAACCCAGGCCCGCCCGGCCCGCCAGGAGACCCGGUGGCGCUGCCUCUCCUGGGAGACGUCGGAGCCUGGCUCAAGGGCGAUGUGGGGCCACGUGGGCCUCCUGGGAUCCCAGGCAGGGAGGGACCUCAGGGGAGCAAAGGAGAGCGGGGCUACCCCGGAGCGCCUGGGGAGAAAGGUGACGAGGGUCUCCAGGGAAGCCCAGGCGCCCCUGGCUUGCCAGGCCCAGCUGGACCACCGGGUUCCCCCGGGAGAAGUGGCCACCCCGGCGCCCCCGGAGCCAAAGGGAAGCAAGGGCCCCCCUGGGAACCCCGGACCUCCUGGACCACCAGGUGUGUACCUGAGCGACAGCAACGGCAUGGGCAGCUUGUAUAAAAUCCAGGGAGGUGUGAAUGUUCCCAGUUUUCCAGGACCUCCUGGCCCCCCGGGUCCAAAGGGGGAUCUUGGCCCAGUGGGAGAGCCUGGUGCCAUGGGGCUGCCAGGACUAGAAGGAUUUCCAGGGGCAAAGGGAGACCGAGGCCCAGCAGGACCCCCAGGAACAGCUGGGGUAUCGGGAAAGCCUGGCCAUCCCGGUCCUCCAGGAGCCCCCGGCGAGCCGGGCCAGAGAGGACCUGUGGGAGACGUGGGUUUCCCUGGACCAGAGGGGCCGGCAGGAAAGCCGGGAAUGAAUGGAAAAGAUGGAUUACCAGGUGCUCAGGGCAUUGCAGGAAAGCCCGGCGACAGAGGCCCCAAAGGAGAGCGGGGUGACCAAGGGAUCCCGGGAGACAGAGGGCCCCAAGGUGAACGGGGAAAGCCAGGCCUUGUCGGCACAAAGGGGUCCCCAGGCCCUGUGGGGCCACCAGGAGACAAGGGCUCGAUGGGACCCCCAGGCCACCAAGGCCCCCCUGGCUCCCCUGGAACUCUGUCCAUUGGCUUAUAG